AUGUACUCCGCCGGCUACAACUUUGGCAACAAUGCUGCUCCCUCUUUCAACAACCCUGCCCCACAGCAGCAAUCUGGAGCUCAGCCAGCCGCUCAACAGAUGAUGUAUAACCAGCAGCAACAGUUCGCCGGUAUGGCUCCGCAGGGAGGCUUUAACCCUGGCGCGAAUCCUCAAAUGAUGGCUGGUGGCCCUGGAGGUAUGAUGCCCAACGCAGGCAUGCAACAUAUGGCUGCCAAUAGUCAAAUGGCAGGAUUUCAACAGCAAUUCUCCGGUAAUCCGUACGGCCAAGUCGUCCCCUCCUCGGUCGCUCCUCAAAGCUUCACGCCAAACUACAUGAUGGGUGGAGGCUUGCAAGGCUUUCCGAUGAACCAGGGCGGUAUGCCCCAACAACCCCAUAUGAUGCAGCGAAUGCAACAGCAACAACAGCAACAGGCGCAGGCACAAGCGCAGGCACAAGCGCAGGCACAGGCGCAACAGCAGCAACAGCAGCAGCAACAGCAGCAACACCAAGCUGCUAACGCCGCUGGUAUGGGCCAGAUCUCUACUCCCCAGAGACCCCCAAGCGCAGCACAAGGGACACCAAACAAUGCCUUGCCAUCUCAACAGGGUCAAUUCCCGACUCCCCAGCAGCCACCGCAGAGCCAAACUCCAACAAACCAUCAGCAACAGCAGCAGCAACGACAACACUCGCAACCUCCACAACUACAGCAGCAACAACCCCAGCAACCGCAGGGGCAAAUGCAGGGACAGGUCCAGCAACAACAACCGCCUUCGGCUUUAACAACACCUCAGACUCCAACUUUCUCAAACCAGGGGCAAGCCGUGAAUGGCAGCUCAUCAGCCGCUGUACCACUAAGUCCUGGAACAGAAUCCCGCGACAAGGAGCGUUUUGCUUUGUUAUUGGACAUCAACCAUGAACUUCUGUACGAAUCGAUUCAAAUCCAGGCGACGCAAAAGGAGUUGAAGGAAGAAAGCGCUGCGGCUGGAAUUCCGGGGGACAAGAAGCCGUCAGAGGAGGAAGCGCAGCUACAGCAUGAUUACCUUCAAUGUAUGAGGCGAUUGCAGGCAAACUUAUCUUAUAUGGCGGCACUUGCAGACCGAAAGCCCGAGGUUAAAGUUCCACCUUGUCCAGCAUAUCUCAACGCACCACCCCUGAAUCUUUCCGCCAAACUCCGGGCUCCAAAAGGGCUUGAAGGCAAAGAGAACAAUAUCGACCCAGUGGCAGACCGCGAAGAGCGAAACAAUAGCAUUAAGGACCUCUACUCGAGAUUACAAGCCGCCUUUCCCGGGUUCGAUCCCAAGAAAGAGCCCGUUUUCCGUGCGAACGCACAGGGUGGACAAAAGCCUGGCAACUUGAUGGGAAGCCAGGCCAGUCCCACAGCUCAAAGGACGCCAAAGAUCACGAAUAUGGGGGCACCUCCAAUGCCAUAG